AUGAGAAACAUUUCUUCUUUACAGGCAGAACUUUUGGUUCUGUUUUCUGUUCUGCCAUUGCCUUUUGUUGCUGAAUAUUUAGAAACUACUUUUUCCAAAGUGACAUCCCUAAGUAAUAAGAAAGCGAUCUCUAACUUGCUCUGGCAAAAGUCCGGAAGUAAGAUGGCGUGUCUGGCGGCUUGUGCUACUGACAGCAGGUGUGUGUCCUGUUUCCUGGAUGGUCAAUCCUAUUGCAGUGGACAUCACGUGAUUUAUACACCUUCCAGCACCGUGCAAAACUCACCAGGCCUCUCGUACUACGAAAUACAAGAUCCCGCCAGUAAGUUAGGCUGUGUAGCAGUACCAGGUGACACCGGAUAUUGCGUCAGACUAAACCUUACAAAGUUGUCUUGGCCCGACCAGGUCCUGGCUUGUCAGACAGAGAACAUGAGGCUAGCAUCACUGUCCUCCGACCUCAGGGUCACCUUUGUCCAGAAUUACCUGUUGGGGAUUGGACACUCACAGGCUGUGACAGUCGGGGCUUCUCUGACCUCCGGGACAUGGUAUUGGAUGUCGGGGGACAUUCUCUCGCCUAUCUCCCCUCACUGGGGCCCCAGUGAACCCACAUCAGGCCCAGGGGAGGAGUGUGUCAUCAUGGCGUUCGCUAUUGGGUUUCGCUUUAACGAUGGUCAGUGUACCACACUGAAAUCCUUCCUCUGUGAUAUGUUCUAUGUGGCAAAUUAAGUCAUAUACAGUC